AUGUCCUCAAGCGCAACACCCAUUGUCGAGCAAAAUGUCCCUCGAAUCCCACUCGCCCAAGCCAGCCUGACCCCCGGCUUACUCCCCUUCCUACCCCCAGACUUCAAACCCACCACCCGGCUGCAUGUCUCCUUCAACAAUAAAUCCGUCUCGUUGGGGAAUCUCUUCCGCGCCAGCGAAUGCAAGACAGCUCCAAGCGAGAACAACUCACCAUCUUCAACAAGCUAUACCCUCCUCCUAGUUGACGCCGACGCCCCCACACCCGACGACCCCAAAUUCGCCUUUUGGAGACACUGGGUCGUCUCGGGAUUGAAGGCCGAACAGGCGGACGGAGGCACCGCAUUGACAGAGUAUCUGGGACCCGGGCCGAAAGAUGAAUCGCGCCCGCACCGGUAUCUGUUCCUGCUAUUCCGAGAGCCGAAGGGUUUCGCGCUGACGAAGGAGGAUGUUGGUGGGGAGGAGUUUACUGCGAGGCGGUCGUUUAAGGUUGCGGAGUGGGUUGAGAGGCAUGGGUUGGAGUUGGUCGGGGUGAAUUGGAUGCUGGGGGCUGGGGAUGGGUGGACAGAGUGA